UGUCUCUGAGCGGGUGACUGUCGCAGGCUCAGAGGCCCGGGGUGCCGGGCCGGGCAGGUAGGCGUGGAGGUUUGCGGCGGCUGGGCGAGCAGGGCACAGAGCCGCCUUUUCCCUCUCUCACGUGGAGGGCGCUGUUGGCCGCGCGCCCGCCCCUUGCGGGUCCUCGCCUGCAGGUCUUGCCUGAAGGUCUCAGGCAGUUAAUACUUCAUGUAUUUGGCAAAUUCAUUCUGCAAAACUUUGUUCAACAUCCAUCUACCCUUGCAGAUAAUGUCCUAGUCAGCAACACAGCAGUCAACAAUACAAACAAAAUUGCCUGCACAUAUCAGACUACAGUUGAUGAUGUCUUCCAGCCUCAGUGCUUUCAGAGUUGGCAUCUCCUUUGUUGUGAUAUGCAUUUUUUGUAAGUCAGCAGUAGACUCUCUACCAGAACUGAGUCCUCAGAAAUAUUUUAGUACGUUGCAAGCAGGGAAAGCCUCCUUAGUUUAUUUCUGUCAAGCCAAUUCUCCAAGUACCUCUGUAUUUCUUGAAGAACUGAAUGAGGCUGCUAAACCUCUCCAGGACUAUGGAAUUUCAGUUGCAAAGGUUAAUUGUGUUGAAGAAGAAAUAUCAAGAUACUGUGGAAAAGGAAGUGAUUUGAUGAAAGCCUACUUAUUCAGGGGCACCAUAUUACUCAGAGAAUUCCCUACUGAUACCUUAUUUGAUGUGAAUGCCAUCGUUGCUCAUGUUCUCUUUGCUCUACUUUUUAAUGAAGUGAAAUACAUUGCCACGCUGGAUGAUCUUCAGAAAAUAGAAAAUGCUCUAAAAGGAAAAGCAAACAUUGCAUUUUCAUAUGUAAAAGCCAUUGGAACACCAGAGCACAGAGCAGUCAUGGAAGCUGCUUUUGUGUAUGGGACCACAUAUCAAUUUGUCUUAACCACAGAAAUUGCCCUUUUGGAAAGUAUUGGCACUGAGGAUAUAAAAUAUGCACAUCUCUACUUUUUUCAUUGUAAACAAGUCUUGGACUCGACCCAGCAAUGUAGAAGAACAUUAAUGGAACAGUCAUUGACUACACUGAACAUUCAUCGAUUUAUUAAGAUAAUGGAAGCACCCUUUCUGACUGAAGUUGCUGAAGAACCUCAACAAGUUUCAACUGUUCAUCUUCAACUAGGAUUACCACUGGUUUUUAUUGUUAGUCAACAAGCUACAUAUGAAGCUGAUAGAAGAACUGCAGAAUGGGUUGCUUGGCGUCUUCUGGGAAAAGCAGGAGUUCUACUCUUGCUAAGGGACUCUUUGGAAGUGGACAUUCCUCAGCAUACUAAUGUGGUCUUCAAGAGAGCAGAAGAGGGAAUGCCAGUGGAAUUUUUGGUGUUACAUGAUGUUGAUUUAAUAAUAUCCCGUGUGGAAAACAAUAUACAUACUGAGAAAAUUCAAGAAGAGGAUGAUGAUGACAUGGAAGAUCCAGAUAUGGACAUUUUAGAUGUUCAGGAUGAUGAAGUAGAAGAAACUGUUUACAGAGAUAGGAAGAGACAGUUAUCUUUGGAACUCACAGUGGAACUAACAGAAGAGACAUUCAAUGCAACAGUAAUGACUUCUGACAGCAUAGUGCUUUUCUAUGCUGGCUGGCAAGCAGUGUCCAUGGCAUUUCUGCAAUCCUAUAUUGAUGUGGCAAUUAAAUUGAAAGGCCAAUCCACUAUGCUGCUUACUAGAGUAAACUGUGCAGAUUGGACUGAUAUAUGUACUAAGCAAAAUGUUACUGAAUUUCCUGUUGUAAAGAUAUAUAAGGAAGGCAAGCAGCCAAUAUCUUAUGCUGGUAUGUUAGGAACUGAAGAUCUCCUAAAAUUUAUCCACCUUAACAGGAUUUCAUGUCCGGUGACCAUAACAUCUGUCCAAGAAGCAGAAGACUAUUUAAGUGGGGAAUUAUAUAAAGAUCUGCUGUCCUAUUCUAGUGUGUCAGUACUGGGAUUAUUUAGUCCAACCAUGACAAAAGCAAAAGAAGAUUUCACUGAGGCAGGAAACUACCUAAGGGGAUGGGUUAUCAUUGGAAUUUAUUCUAAAGAAGAUGUUUUGAUACUAUCAAAUAAAUAUGCUUUACCUCUACCAGCCCUGCUGCUUGCCAGACACAAAGAAGGCAAAAUAGAGAGCAUUCCGUUAGUUAACACCCACAUUCAGGACAUAGUUCAAGUAAUAACAAAUGCAUUUUUGGAAAAAUUUCCAGAAAUCACUGUGGAAAAUCUUCCCACAUACUUAAGACUUCAGAAACCAUUACUUAUUUUAUUCAGUGAUGGUAACAUAAAUCCUCAAUAUGAAAAAGCAAUAUUGACGCUGGUAAAAGAUCAGCACUUGGAUUCACUUACCCCUUGUUGGUUAAAUAUCAAGAAUACUCCUGUGGGGAGAGAAAUCUUGCAGGUGUAUUUUGACAGGCUGCCUCCACUUCCUCUUCUUGUUGUUGUGAAUUUGCAUUCAGGUGGACAAGUAUUCGCAUUUCCUUCAGAUCAGGCUGUAACGGAACAAAACCUUUUAUUGUGGCUUAAGAAAUUAGAAGCAGGACUAGAAAGUCAUAUCAAAAUUUUGCCUGCUCAGGAAUGGAAACCCCCUCUCCCUGCAUAUGAUUUUUUAAGUAUGAUGGAGGCUACAUCUCAGCGUCCCAUGAGGAAAGCUCCUGAGUGUGUGAAAGAAACCGAUGUGCAGGAGAAUGGUGAUGUGCAGCAUGAAGACAAAUCAACAGCCAGAAAAGAGACCAUGGAAACACUGAGAGUAAAGCAUUGGAAUAGAAAUAAUUGGUUUAAAGAAGCAGAAAAAACAUUUAGACGUGACAAUAAAGAAUUAUAGUGCUCAAAAAUAAGCUUAUUUCAUAGGGUUGUUGAAAGGGAAAGCCUUCCAAAUCUUUUUGGCUUAUUUGAUAGACUUUUAUCUUAUUAAAUAAAAAUAUGAAAUUAUUUCAAGUUUUUAGACCAGGGCUGUCCAAUAGAAUAGGAGCCACCUAUGUAAUUUAGAAUCAAAUUUAAAAGGAGCAAGUAAAAUUACUUGCAAUAAUAUAUUCAUAUCGAGUCUUCAAAAUCCAGCCUAUGUUGUGUCCUUAUUGCAGCAUUUCACUUCAGAGUGGGUAUAUUUUAGGUGCUAAUAGCCAGAUGUGGCUAAUAACUACUGUAUUAGACAGCUAGGUCAUCUUGCCACAAAAGAAAGAUGAUUCUAGCCAUGGUAUAUUUUGAGCUAAAGUACCAAUAUAAUUCUAAUCACAGCUUGCUUUUCAAUAGAUUCCUUCAGCUGGAAAUUGAUUUUGUUUUAUUAUAGUCCCUGAUGUCUCUGGUUUCUUAACCAGGGAGCAGCUCUGCCCUUCACCCCUGCCAGGGGACAUUUGGCAAUGUCAGGGCACAUUUUUGACUGUUGUAACUAGGGGGUGCUACUGGCAUGUUGUUAGCAUCUUGUGGGUAGAGGCCAGGGAUACUGCCAAAUCCCAUAAGUGCAUUGAGCAGCCUCCACAACAAAGAACUUACCCUGCCUGAAUGUCCGCAGUGCCGAGGUGUUGAGUAACUGCUAAACUAACCUGUGUGGCAGUGUAGACACCCUGAAUUUUCUGAUUCUACUUGGUUAUCAUAUUUGCAAAACACUUGGAUAUUAAAGAUAAACAUUAAGUGGCUUUGUCCUGAUUAUUAUCUGGAUAUCUUUUCUUAAAAGUUUAAUUUUAUAAUAUUUUUUAAAGUAAUGAGAUAACUUUAAAAACAACAUAUAUGCAUAUAUGUCACUAAUCUAUGUUCUAUUACAAGCAAUAGAACAUGUAAUAGGAUACUAUACAUUCUACUACACAUAUUACAAAUGGUUCUUAUAUAUAUAAUUCUCAUGCAUAUAGUUAAGAGAAUCUUAUUCUUUAUUCUCUAAGUUAUAUUGCUGACAUUCAGUUUGAACAGGAAUUAAACAUUCUCCUCAUAAAAAGAGAGAUUCCCUCAUCUGAGCCAUGCAGGAAAUCUACCCUCGCAUGCUUUGGUCAAAUCAGUUCAUCUCCCUGGGUCAUCAAGCCUCAUAUAUAAAAUUAGAAGGCAAGAUUAGCUAAAAAAUUAAUUUUCCAUUUCAAGCACUUGUUAGGUUUGUUUGUACAUCAGCAGUUGUCUCUCAUUUUUGCUUUGCAUUUUUUGAGACAUUUGUUGAAAUGUCUCACCGAAUUCUUAGUGCUCCACUGUAUUUCUCCUUGCAUUAUCUACUUGCUUUAUCUUUUUCUUGAAAUAGUCACCACAUGUGGUUUGCCUAGUAUAGCUGAAUUUCAUAAAUGGAGUUUUUAAAAAGUCAUAAACAAAUUAAAUGAAAAAAAAAUUCACUGUAACAUUCUUCGCUAUGCUCAACACUCCCUCAUUGAUUUCAUCCUGUAGCAUGCCAUGCCCUAUUAUUUGAGUUCGUUCUCAUUUGUUUUUAUUUCUGUCAUGGAGAUAAGAAGAUGACCUCCAUAUAGAGUUUGUAGGGACAAAACGUCAUCAGCCUAGCCAUAAAAAAUGUUAGCUCAUUACAAGCUCAUAGAAAUGUGAAAUCCUAAUUAGUAAUUGUACCAUGGCCAGCAAUUUAAACAGUCAUUAAUGCAGUUUCUUUUGAUGAUUUUAAAUAAAGUAU